UGCUUAUGUUAUCCUUUAUGUUCUUUGUUGAUAUGAUAAAAUUUUAAAAGUCCAAUAAAUAUUUCUCCUUUAUACUUUUCAACUCAGCUUUUGAUUCAAAAAUUCAAAGAAAGGAUUUUGGGCUUAGUAAAUUGUUAAAAAAAAUAGUCUUUUUUUUUCACAGAGCCACUUGAAGUGAGAAUUGUGUCUACUUGUUCUUUGUCCUUCUAUACAUUUGCUUCAAGAUAUCAAAUGCCCAUUUUAUAUUGAACAGAACUGAGAUGACCCUUUUCAUUUGAGCUCAAGAUUUGCUCAUCUCAAGUUGAAAUCUGGUUCUUCUGGUGCUUUUGGUUAAUGGGUAUUGGUUUUCUUGAACUUUAUUUAAGAUUUAGUUGGUGGUGGGUUGCUCUUUCUCUGAAAAUGUUUUGAUUUUUACAUUGACAUAGUGUGUCAUUAGUUGAGUUUAGACUAAUAUUUGCUUGCAAGAAUGUUUGGUAUGAUCAGAAAUUGAGAUUGUGCUGUGAUUGGUUGAGAAGUGUUUGUAUUUCUGCUGCAAAUUCUCCAAAAGAACUGAUUUUUAUGUGGUUUUGAGGUAGCUUGAACUUGUACAGAAUAUCAUUAUUGAUGGUUUAGAACAUGGACUAGCAUGGAGUGUUUAGCUUUUCUGAUGUUAUCAUGAUAUGAGUUUUAGCUAUGUAUUCUUUUAGAAGUUCUGGUGAUAAGAACAACAUACUUAGUGUAAUCCCACAAGUGGGGUGUGGGGUCUGGGGAGGGUGGUGUAUACGCAGUCUUACCCCUACCUUCACAAGGUAGGGAGGCUGGUUUCUUAGAAAGUUGUGUUGAUAUUGAUUUAAUUUGGAAAGGACCUCUAGGAUUAGUUGUGUGCUUGGCAGUUGGAGUGAAGGUAAUAUUGGAUAGGCCGUGAACAUCCAACCGUUGUACAGUAAAAAUUGGAUAGUUAAGACCUAUAGUCAUUAAAUUCUGGCGAGAGGGUGUAUCAUAGGCAAUCAAGGUCCGUUUGAUUUGUUGUAAUGGCUUCUGUUAGAAGAGCAUUAUCCCCAGUGCCUCGUCCGGGAGAUAGAACUAAUGGGGAAGCAUUGUCCCCAUCUCCAUUGUCCAAGUCAUCGUCGUGUAACGAAAGUUAUACACCGCCUACAGGGUUGAUGUCUUCUUAUGUUGGUUCAUUGGAUUAUGCAUGUUACAAAGUUCAGACGUUUGUAGGUCUUUUUUCGCGAAGAUCAUCUAGGCCCUUGGAAAGAUCAAAGUUAAAGGGCCAAAUUUGGGGGAGAGCACUUGUCCAAUUCUGUAUGUGCUUUGUUGUUGGAGCUUUUAUUGGCCUUACUCCACUUGUUUCUCUGAAUUUGUCAGCAAAUAUAAUGUUUAAACAUCAAGAUUUCUAUGAAAAUGGCCGCUUAUUUGAUGAUGUGUCUAGAAAUGUGACAUCAACUAUUGACAGUUCGGUUUUCCUGGAUAAUUUCACUUCAGAGCCUAAUUUAGUAUACAGUGAACUGAAAGACGAAAGUUCUGUCAAUGUCUCCGUUGACGAAUCACCUGAUCAAGAGUUGAUGGCGUCUAAAAAACUUUUGAUCAUUGUGACGCCAACAGAAGCACGGUCAUUUCAAGCUUAUUAUCUGAAUCGAUUGGCCCACGUAUUAAAAUUAGUGCCUCCUCCUUUGUUGUGGAUAGUUGUGGAGAUGGACUCGCAAUUAAUGGUGACGGCUGAUAUAUUGAGGAUAACGGGAGUUAUGUACAGGCAUCUUGUAUGCAAGAAGAACUCAACAGAAGUAAAUGAUAAAAGUGUGCAGCUAAGGAAUAUGGCAUUAACACAUAUUGAAACACAUCAUCUUGAUGGGAUUGUUUACUUUGCUGAUGAUUCCAACAUAUACUCCCUAGAUGUCUUUGAACAAAUGAGGCAGAUCAGCCGGUUCGGGACAUGGGUUGUGGCAAGACUAGCUGAAAAUAAUAGGAAAGUUAUCUUGCAGGGUCCAAUCUGUAAUGGCUCUCAGGUUAUAGGUUGGCGUACAGAUGCAACUGCAAAAAUAUUCCAGAGGUUCUAUGCUGAAUUAUCAGGAUUUGCAUUCAAUAGUACCGUACUUUGGGAUCCAAAGAGGUGGAACCAACCAACACUAGAGCCCAUUAGGCAGCUCGAUAUAGUAAAAGGUGGCGCCCAAGUGAGGGGAUUUAUUGAACAAGUUGUGGAAGAUGAAAGCCAAAUGGAAGGCUUUCCAAUGCACUGCUCAAGAAUUAUGGUUUGGCAAUUCAAUACAGAGUUGUUGUAUCCAUAGAGAAUGCUUCUACAGCGUAAACAAGGUGGACAAAUUAUGUUCAUAACUUUUCAGUAAGAGCU